UGCGCCCGUGUGCGCCGGCUGGAGCAGCAUCAUGCUCAGCUGCUCCGGCGGGACCGCUUCAAGGUGCUCAUCUUCCAGGAGGAAAAUGAGAUCCCUGCCAGUGUUUUCGCAAAACAGCCUAUUCCCAGCAUUACAGAAGGAAAAGAGGAGCCUGUGGAUGAGAACAAAGCACUGGAAGAAACCUUGCAUACAGUGGAGUUGUGUUCGGAUGAUGAAAUGUUUCAUGAGGAAGACGAUGUGGAUGACAGUGCAGAGGAGAAAACAGAAGAAUCAAGAGCUGAGAAAAUUAAAAGAUCCAGCCUCAAGAAGGUUGACAGCCUCAAGAAAGCAUUUUCCCGCCAAAACAUUGAGAAGAAGAUGAACAAGAUUGUCUCGCCAGAACGGAGAGAAAAGAUCAAGAAAUCGCUUACUGUACAUCAUCAGAAAUCCUCCUCUUCCAAGAGUUCAGCUUUCAAAAUUUCUCCCCUCACCUUCAACGUGAAGAAAGUUCGUGAAGGAGAAAGCCCUGCUGAAGCUGAAGACAGAACAACAGAAACCACAAGUAACAACCAAGCCGAGAAUGAGGAUGAAGUGUCAUUUACCGACAUGCACUCAGAUAUGACACCCACCACUUCACUGACCGAGGAGGGCAAAGCAGUUGCCGAUUCUCUAGAGAAGGAAGCCAGAAGGGAAGGGAGUUCCAUGAUGAACAACAACAUCGAGCUGUCCAUCGUUGAAGAUGAUGAAGAGUAUGGGAUGCCUCCAGAAGUUUCUAGCCAGAAACUGUACGAUGAAAGAAACAACCCAGUCGGUGGGGAAAGGGAACAAUCUGACGAAGAAACAACCCAAGCAGCUGUCCUGCAGAUAAACCAAACAGCAUAA